AUGGCUUGGCCCGGAUUCACCCCGGACAUGUUCCCCCCCCCACGGCCCCGAGCAUCCUCCGUGGGCAGCAACUUCGACUCCGACGACAGCGACUCGCCGUUAUUCCUGCCGCGCCCGUUGCGCCCGCCAUCGCCCGCGAGCGUGCUGGCCGCCGCCUCCGCCUUCCUGUCCUCCCCGCCGCCCGACGCCGCCCGCCUCUUCCUCUCCCUCCUCGCCUUCCGCCUCCUCAACGCCCUCACCAUCCGCACCUUCUUCCAGCCCGAUGAGUACUUCCAGUCCCUCGAGCCCGCCUGGGCCACCGCGUUCGGUCACCAUCAGGCCCCGUGGAUCACCUGGGAAUGGCGUCACCAACUGAGAUCCUCCCUGCAUCCCCUGUUCUUUACCGCCGUUUACUCCCUCGCCAGCUGGCUCGCCCAGCUGCUGCGGCUUCCCCCCGUCUGGCGGGCCGACCUGCUCAUCGCCGCCCCUAAGGCCGCCCAGGCCGUCAUCGCCGCCGUCGGCGACCUGUAUACCUGGAGGCUGGCCUGUGGCGUCUACGGCAAUGCCUCCCACGCCGCCUGGGCCGCGCUAGCCGUGUCCAUCCUAAGUCCAUGGCAGUGGUUCUGCUCCACUCGCACCCUGUCCAAUUGCCUCGAAACCACCCUCACCGUGGUCGCCCUGUAUCACUGGCCGUGGGAGUGGUCUGUGGCGGACGAGGAGUGGGAAUUCCCCCAACCCCGUCUGGUGCACGCCCUCCGCGGCCGUGCCAAGCGGGACAUGGAGCGGUACAUCGCGCGCCACACUCAGCCGGACGUGACCGCGGAGCAGUUUCACGCUGCUGUCCUGGCCAGGUACCGGCGAUGCGUCCCACUCGCCGCGCUGGCAUGUCUCCUGCGGCCCACCAACAUCCUGAUCUGGAUCCCCAUGGCCUGGGUGGCCUUCUACCCGGCCACUCCGCAGCGACGGAUGGUCCUCCUGCGGGAGGCAUUGGUUGGGGGCUCGGUCGUCCUCGCCGUGUCGCUGCUCGCAGAUCGGUAUUUCUACGGCUUCUGGACCUUUCCGCCCUUCCAUUUUCUAUACUUCAAUGUCGUGCAGUCCCUCUCCCUCUUCUACGGCAGUAACGAUAUCCAUUACUAUGUCUCCCAGGGCUUCCCGCUCCUUCUCACCACCGUCCUGCCGUUCGCCGUCGUGGCCUGGUACAAGAGCUUUUUCGGCCUCUACUGGCAAACGGAGCCGCCGGCCAACCGGCUGCGCGCGCCGGUGCGAUUCCAGCUGGCCGUGGCGUGUCUCCUCAUGCCGUUGGUCCUCUCCGUCAUCUCGCACAAGGAGGUCCGGUUCAUCUACCCCUUGCUGCCCGCGCUCCACGUCCUCCUGGGUCCGACGCUGGUGGCCUUCGUUCGCCCCGCCCUGCUCGGGACCGGCGAGUUUCACAUCCCCAAGCGGCUCGUGUUGAUAUUUUUGCUGCUGGUCAACGCCGUCAUGGCCGUCUAUACGACCACCUACCAUGCCUCCGGCCCGAUGGCCGUGCUGUCCUACCUCCGCGAGCAACGACAGGCCCACGGCAGCCCGGAUCUGAAUGACAUCACCCAGCCCGGCAUCACCGCGGGCUUCCUCAUGCCCUGCCACAGCACCCCCUGGCGCUCCCACCUGGUGUACCCCACCAUCGGCGCCUGGGCCCUGUCCUGCGAGCCGCCGGUCGGCCUGGACGACCACGAGAAGGCGACCUACCUCGACGAGGCGGACCAGUUCUACGCCCACCCCGGCGAUUUCCUGCGCACGCACAUGGCCGGCGGUCUGCGCAACUUUCGGCGCCGACCCUCCUACCAUGAGAACCCCCCGGCCCAUAUCUUCCCCGCGCGGUACCAGACCCAGACGCCGCACGACUGGCCCGACUACCUGAUCUUCUUCGCUCAGAUGGAGCCCACUCUCCGCAGCCAGCUACGCUUCUCCGCGUACGACGAGUGCUUCCGCACGUGGAACUCCCACUGGCACGACGACUGGCGCCGCCAGGGCGACAUCGUCGUCUGGUGCGUCGACCCCGACGAGCAGGCCGCCUGGCAGGCCCAGCGAUGGGAUCGCCAGCGCGCGGAGCGUCGCCAGGUCCAGCAGCCCCGCGACACCCACUUCGACCGCAUUAUUCAGACCAUCAAGGUCCAUGCGACCGGUUCGAAGCCGGCCCCCAGCCGAUGGACCGCCCUCUUCUCCCGGCCAAACUGGUCGCGGUCGAGGUCGGAGUCCUGGUCAGGGUCCUGGUCCUGGCCAUGGCAGCGUCGCCAACGCCCCACCUUCCUGGGGUAUGAGCUGCCGGAAUGGAUGGUCCGGUCUAAGCGUAGGGAGGAGGACUCAUGGGCAUUGCCCUCCCGGGAGGAAUGGAACCGCCGGCUGAAUGACCGGCGGAACUGGGCUUAG